GCUCAAUCCCAUUCGCGCGUGACAAACAGUUGUUUUUUCAAGUCAUCACAUUAAUGAAAUCUUCCAUAAAAGAACGAAUGUAUUUGAUACUAUUUUGACCAAACGUUCUCUCUCGUAAGAUUAUGCAAAUCCCGACUUGCUUACUGAUACACACUAUGCCUAUACGUUUCAGAGAUUUUCUUAUUUAUUUUAUUAGAGGAGACAAGAAAACCCUUUUUAUAGCUUCUUCGAUUUCUUGAUAAAAAAGGAAGGAGAAUGACGUUGGUGAAAGUAUUAAAAUUACUUGUGGUGGCGACUGUGGCGAUGACAGCGGCGGAAGCGAUAUGGCUAGAAAUGCCGACUUCAGGGGCUAAAUGUGUAUAUGAAGAAAUCCGUAAUAACGUUGUCGUUUUGGUUAAUUACGCUGUCAUUGGUGACAAUAAGCACGAUCAACCUGAUUUUCUUCACGAUAUCUCCCUUAAGGUUACAUCACCAUUUGGAAACAUUCUCCACCAUGAAGAAAAUGUCACUCAUGGUCAAUUUGCUUUUACAACCACUGAGCCUGGAAACUAUAUGGCGUGCUUUUUCAUGAAUAGCCAUGCCCCUGAUGGUAAAGGUGUAAAUAUUGGUCUUGACUGGAAAACUGGGAUUGCUGCGAAGGAUUGGGAUUCAAUUGCACGUAAAGAAAAUAUAGAAGAGAUUGAACUUGUGCUAAUGAAAUUCGAGGCAUUGGUGCAAGCCAUCCAUGAAAAAUUAAUCUAUCUGAAAAAGAGGGAAGAAGAAAUGAGAGAAGUGAGUGAGAGUACCAAUGCAGCUGUGGCGUCAUUCAGUAAAGUGUCCCUUAGUAUCUGCAUAUUGGCUGCAGCUGCGCAAAUAUGGUAUUUGAAGCGCUUCUUUAGGAAGAAAAGACUCAUAUAGUUUUAUUGAGUAUAUGUAUAUAUAUAAUAAUAAUAACCCUUUUGUGUGGAACCACAACUCACAUAUAGGAUAUAUAAACAUUAAAUUCUUUUCCUUUGUACCAAAAGAUCAUCUUCCGUGGUGAAUUGGUGAUCCUCUUCAAUAGUAAAUUCCUGAGCAAUAUAAUGCAAGGAAUUCUUGAAUAUAAUGUCUUUCAAGUUGU